UGACUAGUUGUGGGUUUAUAGGCUUUCAACUGCCUACUUUUACUUUCUGUGGCCUUACAAAAUGGCAAUUGCCACCCUCAACAGAGUUUCGAAAUGCGUGUCGAAUUGUGCCGUUCUGCACCCGCUUUUCACUAGUUCGAAAAUAGUGACACAAUUCCUAAUAUGAAAUGCACUGUUUAGAAGACUGUCCCCAUACAUUUCACUGCAGAGAUCACUCACAUUGGCACUGAUACCUAGCUUCUCUCACUAAGCAUACACUUAUUCAUGCCGCACCAUUAUUUUACUUCCAUUUUGGGGUUGCCCUAAACUGCUCUCAUUUAGCACUGCACACUUCCGUUUUCACGCCUUAAGUAACUAUUUCGGCUUCGUGUGAAUAAAAGCUUCUCAACUCGUAUCAUUUUCAUACUCCUGUGUAAGUGCCGGCCGCUACAGCGGAAUGAGCGAGAGUUGGGUGCGCUUAUCACAUCGUUUCUUAUUACCCCUUUUCUCUACGAAAUCUUAUCUGCAGUGUACGCAUAUCGAGAUAAGAAGUUCACAAAACGAUGACAAAGAGGUGCAGAAUUUUUUUAUAGUUUUAAAUGCCAGAAGUUAUAUUUUCAGCGAGUUAUACAAACCAGUAGAUCGCCGCAUAGACAGCAACCCACAAAGAGCAACACUUUCACAGACGCAUCGCAAUGCCGCUAUUUACGAAAAAGGGCCCAAAAUUUGGUAAACUAGACUCUGAUCCUGCUGCUAAUGCCGCUUCCGCCGCCGCUGCCAGCAACUCCUACAACGACAACAAUAACACAUCGGCCAACGGCAAAGCCAACACAAUGAAUGGCACCAACGCUACUUCCCGCAUAGACCCAUACAUUCCUAAGCCUCAAUUGAUAUUCCACUGCCAAUUGGCGCACGGCAGUCCAACUGGUCUGAUAACAGGCUUUGCGAGCGUACGGGAACUCUAUAAGAAGAUAGCCGAAUGCUAUGAUAUACCCGUCGAAGAAAUACUCUUCUGCACUUUGAAUUCACACAAAGUGGACAUGACAAAACUGCUGGGCGGCCAAAUCGGUCUAGAUGAUUUUAUAUUCGCGCAUCGAAAAGGGCGUCCGAAAGAGAUUGAAAUUAUCAAAUCAGAGGAUGCACUUGGUCUUACUAUAACCGAUAAUGGAGCGGGUUAUGCGUUUAUCAAACGGAUCAAAGAGGGUUCGGUAAUUGAUCGUAUCGAGCAUAUUGGCGUCGGUGAUCAUAUCGAAAAAUUGAAUGACGUAACUAUGGUGGGAAAGCGGCAUUAUGAGGUGGCGCGUCUGCUGAAGGAUAUACCCACUGGUACUACGUUCACAUUGCGGCUAGUGGAGCCGAUGAAGAGCGGCUUUCAAGGCAUUGGACCGCGCACACAAUCGAAGGCGCCAUCUGGUCGUGGCUAUGGUAGUGGCAAAGAAACAUUACGAUUUAAGGCGAACGGCAAUGUUGAAAUCGAGGACAAGUUCGACGAAUCGACACAAUCGGGCAUCGAGGCGAUCAACAAUUUGCUGGAGUCGUUUAUGGGCAUAAACGAUACCGAGUUGGCGACACAGAUCUGGGAUUUAGGUGCAAAUAAAUCCAAUUCUAUGGACUUUGCGGAGGCUAUCGACAAUUCCGAUUUGGAGUCUUUCGGUUUUACCGAUGAUUUCAUUAUCGAACUGUGGGGUGCUAUAACGGAUGCUAGACGUCGGAAGACUGCGAAAAACUGAAAAUCUGCCUCCACAAUUAAAAUACGUACUCGACGAUGUUCACUGGACAAAAUGAGAAGAGGAGAGAGGGAAAAAUAGAGAGCGUUUUAUGAGUAUAAGAAAAGAAGAAAAACUGCAAAUUGAAAAUUACUUGCUAGAGUAUUGUUAAUAUGAAAAUUAAGGUAUUUUUUCACUAUUUUGAAAAGACGGGUGGCAUAUCAAUGUAUUUAUGUAUUUCAAAAGUAUGAUAAAUGCGCAUUUUGUUAGUUAUACAAACUAUGUACUACUAUUGAUAUUGUUUAAUGAUAAUAAUAAAAAAAAAUAUGACAUUCGUGAAUUCGAGAAAAUCAAAUUUGUGCGGAAGUUGUUUUUGCCAAUUUAUACAUAUAUACGUAUACAUAUAAAUAUAUUUAUUUUAUUCUUUUAAUUAUACCAUACAAUUAAAAUAUUUUAGAUUUUAAAGCGCAUAUUUACAAAAAGAAAAGUGAAGAAGCAAUGGAACAUGUAAAAUACAAAUAAAACCAUUAAUGCAAUAUUUA